AGAACAAACCGUUAUACCGUUUUAACAAACUCAAUAAGCACAGAGCGAAAAGCAACCGGUUACGAUGACAGUUCGACGGUGAGUGAUAUAUUAACUCUCAUGAACUCGACACGAAGUUUCAUCGUAGUAACAGCGCAUUUUUUUAACACAGCAAAUAACUGCACUCCUGAAUCUGAACAUGAGAUGGUGACAUUGACAGCGCGAAGAAUGUAUCAGGCACACACUGCUGAUUAUAUAAAAGAAUGCUUUGAAAAUAUUACCGACGAGUUUUCAAUAGAAAAGGGUUGCAUCUUAUCAAUUACCACUGAUGGUGGUGCUAACAUGGUUGCUGCAGUGAAGAAAUUUUUGGAAGACGGAAAAAAAAUUCCUUGCAUCGCACAUUUGUUGAAUUUAAUAGUGGAUGGCGCAACAAGAGAUAAUCCACCAGUUCUUCAAAUUGCCAAUCGUGUCAAAGCCAUUGUAACAUAAUUCAAACAAUCUUGGAACGCAAUGGAUGAUUUGCGAGCAGAACAAGAGGGACAAAAGAAGGAGGGAGAAGUAUUAACACUUAUACAAUCAGUAAGCACAAGGUUGAAUUCUUGUCUUGAUAUGUUGGAAAGAUUCAAUACAUUAUCAGCUAUUAUGGGUAAGAUUUUGGCAACCAUGGUGUCAUACCAGAUCUGAUAAUAUUGCUUACCUCAUUUAAGCAAGCUACUGAAGAAAUUAGCGGCGAUCAGUACGUGACUUCAAGUUUUGUGAUUCCCAUUGCAAACUUACUUCAGAAAGGCCUUGAACAAAUAAAACCUUUCACCGCAUUUGGUAUUGCUGUUCAGAAGAGUUUGCUAAAUUUAGUUAUUGCCAAACUAGAACCACUAGAGCGACAUUUACAUUUGGCCAAAGCAACAAUUUUAGACCCACGCCAUAAGCGUAUUCAUUUUAGUUCAGCGCUAGCUAUUUCCACUGCAAUAACCGCACUGUCAAAAGAAAUACGUUUAGAACAUAGACGUAGAGGACAACUUUCGCCUAAACUCAGACCAACUCCCACUACCAUAAUUCCAAAUUCAGAAAAUUCUUCGCCGUCGUUGUGGCCCGGAUAUGAAAAAAUUAUGAUAGAUAUUGCUGCAGCUUCAGCAAACUCUUUACUUUCAACUUCAACCAGUGACGGUGAGCCUAUCGAACUAAAGCAAUAUCUAUGUACAUCAGCCUAUAGUACCCAGAAAAGAGAAUCCUACAAAAUUCUGGUUUGAUUGUCGUCAUUUUACCCCAGUCCUUUCCGACAUAGCUCUAAAGUAUUUGAUAUCGCCUGCGUCCUCGGUUUCCUCAGAGAGAGUGGCAUCUGCGGUGAAUCUCGCAGUACCCAAUAACAGAAGUCGGCUUACAGCCGAGCACGUAAAUCAAAGAGUUUUUCUUAUGUCUG